CUGUUUCUUCUCUUCUUGAAAUGCAGCUCUCUUAAGUCACACUUUUCUUCAAGAACCUCUGGUAAAGGUAGCAGCAAUAUUUUUUUUUCUUAAGACAUUGCUCUAAGGAAGACACUGAGAUGGGACAUAAAUGUAACCUUAGUUGCCUGUAGCCUGAGACACGGAAAAUCCAGUUGAAUAACCUCUUCUUUGGCCGACAUAGACCAGUGCACUUGUCCCGGAAAUCAGGAUAUGAAAUAUGCUUGCUCCUUUGACUCUUAUCUGCCUGAUACGCACUUCACUGGUGAGUGCAUGGAUACAGACGCCCAAGAUUGAAGACUGUUCAGAUCUCCAAGUUUUUCGCCUGAGCAACGUCACCAUCAAGGACGCAACAAUUUCAAAAACCAUGACCGUAAGGUUCACGAUUACACUGAACGAAACACUCGGAGAUAACCCGAAACUGAAGCUUGUCUUGCGCAAGAAGAACGGGAUGAAAAUUCCCUGCUUCCUUGGUUACGGGAGUUGCACCUAUAAACUUUGUGAUGGAACCACUGAACAAGAAAGAGCCUUAACACAGAUGUGGGAGAACCACUGCCCAGUGCCCGUCUUCGAAGAGACCCCGUCAAUAGAUGCCAAGGUGAUUCCAUCAAUACAGCUGGUUACUGGCAUGCCACUUUUAUUGCGUUGAAGGAAGGAGUGAUAGUCCAUCAUUGUAGGUAUUUCGGCUUGUUAGAGUAACGUUUUGUAGUUUUUUUCCUGUAGCGCAAAUAGCACAAGGACGUAGAAAAGAAACAGAGGCACACACAGGCCCUAACUUCCAACAACAAUUUAUUUCCGGAAGGAACGCCACUUUUAUACCCUCGCGUUUUCUUUUUCUUUUUCUUUUUUUCACAAGCACGUGUCUACUGACAAGGUAACACAGCACAUGAUAGUAUAAUGCACUUGCACACUUGGCAAAAACUAUUAUGUUUGACACAUGCACAGGCAUUUCAACUCCUUCUGUGAUAGUGGUGCUAUGCUUUCAAAAAUGUUUUAAAAAAUGUGAAGGUGCUACACGCAUAAUCUGUGAAUUUCUUAGCCCACUUAAUCUGGCCUUCGAAGUGGCACUUGAUAAGAGUAGUCGCUUCCUCUAUCCAAAUAUUGGGUUGUCUGACGAUCACAUCUGCUCGUGUUACCAGCCUAGAGUUAUAAGCCUCUUUAUCCUACAGUUCUGCUCACUCCAAGCUUAUUAAAAGGGACAUAGCGAGAUUCUGUUUGAGCAAUGAACUAAAGAAGGCGUGCCUUCGUUUAAUGGCUUCCAGUUUUCAAGAACAGUUAGUGCGUUUGAGUGAGGCUGGGUUUCCAAGAAAUUUGGUUGUGUCGAUUGUUCAAACACCGCUGGGGCGACACAGUCAAUGAAGGCUGGUUUCUCGGCGUCAGCUAGCGCAUAGUCGGUUAAAAAGAAAAAUUUUGCAGUAAUUUCAUACGACCACCGCCUAUCGCAUAACUUGGAGAAGACAGGACUACAUCGAAAGGUUGUAAAACAAGCUUAUAAGCGUGUGCGGAAAAAGAAAACUUUGUAGUACAAUAAAGGAGGCGUGCGAAAAGCAGCCGAGAAAGAGACAGAGAGAUAGCAAAGAGAGGAGAUGCAGGCAGCUCAACCAGAAGAGCGUCCGGUUUGCUACCCGACACUGCGGGUAAGGGAAAGGGGGAACAGAAAGAAGGAAGCGACCACUCCAUCUGCAGUGAAGCGCGCUGACACAAAAGUGGAGUUCCACAGCUAGUUUUCGGCGUUGACGACAUCUGGGAGGACCAAAGGCCCAGUGGUCGUUACGCGGAUAGGGGAUGCGGGGGAGCCAUGGGGCUUACUCGAGACUUGCCAGCAGUGGUUGAAGAGCAUCCACCACUUGCGCUGCACUUCGUAUUGACGGAGUGUGUAAUUUGCUAAAGAGAGUACGUUAAAUGUAGGACAUGUGAUAUUUAAAGAAUUCCGUUGCCCUGUGUAGUUAUAUCUGACAAAUGGGCAGAUGAAAUAAAUUUAGGCUUAGGCAACACUCUAUUGAAGUUAGCAAGCCUUUGCCGGCUGGCUUUCUCGCGAUUCAUUGUCACAAGAGCGGAUGCGUUCCCCGCUUUGAAGAUACUAUUAUUAUAGGGAGAAGCAAAUGCGAAUUAACUCGUCUUAUCAAUGAAAUCGCUCGCAUUGAAGAGUUUGGUGAUGCUUGUGUUAGGAAAUCCUCCCUCUCACUAUCAAAGAAGGAGUUGGGGUGUCUGCGCAUGCGUUAAAUAGAAUAGUUUUUGCGUAGUGUGGAAGUGUGUUAUACUAUCAUGUGCUCUGUUACCUUGUCAGUAGACACGUACUCUUGAAAAAGAAAUGAAAGAAAGAGCGAGGGUAUAAAAGUGGCGUCCGUCCCGGAAAUAAAUUGUUUUUGCAAGUCAGCGCUUGUUUGUGCCUCGGUUUCUCUUCUACGUCCUUGUGCUAUUUGCGCUACGGAAAAAAAACUUCAAAAAGAGCGAUAUAGUCACCUCGGCUCAAUGAAAAGGUAUGAGAUAAAAGCUGACGGCUGUGAGGUUAAAAAUAUGAACUAUAAUUUUUUUAUCAUUGACGAGGACGAAAAAUACUCUGAAGGUAAGUGCAGAAACGGGUAAAAAGUAGGAAUGUUAGGGUGUACUUUACGGAAGCUAUUCCUGGCAGGUGUCCCGCUUCCAUAAAGCUUGUAGUAUGGUCUCGAGCGAAGUGUUUUUGCUUUGUG